UGCCGAGUUCAAUGUGGCAAAUAUUUAUGCUCAGCAGCGCUGUGGUGUCUUCGUUAUCAAACUUCAACGACUGACCCACCAUGCUAUCACCUAUCACUUAGUUGCUCACAUCCUGACACACCAUGCCAGCCUUAUUCACAGCCACCAACGGGUUUACGUUGAUCCGUAAAGUGGUUCAUUCCGCUCGGCAGCUACACCCGACACUUUCGACCCGAUGGAUCCUCUCAUCGUCGAGGUUGUCAAGGGUCCAGCGUGCCCGUCUAGCAUUCAAGAGGGCACUGAAUGAGACGUACUCCUCUCUUGCGCUCUCUCAGACCAAGGGCAGCACCUCCCAUGGACCAUUCGGACACGUCUGGCCAACGACGACGACGACGAAGGGCGCUUCCUCGCCACUUGGCCUUGGCCAUUCUAAUCCUUUCCGUGGACCAGGAUUCAGACUCGGUUCACUACAUGCCCGAGGCCCGGCGAUAGCAGGUCAAGUGGGCCUAGGACCGGCGAGAGCAUUCUCAAGUAUGCCCGCCCCGACGAUCAUAGCCAAUGCUCCUGUCUACCUUCGAGCUCUUCUAUCAGUGGACGACAAUCUGCCCAAAUCGACGCGAUAUGAACCUUAUAAGAGGAAGCGGAUUACCAGGAUCAACAAAUUUCAGCGACACCGAUCUCCUCAUUCGCGACGCUUGUCAUCGGCAUCAUGGUAUGAGCGAGUUCACAGCCUCGAUCAAUACUUUCCUGCGCCUUUGCGUUCAUCAGCUCCUCAAGCGGUUGAGCUUCCCAUCUUACCAGAGACGCUGAUCACCUCCAAUGCCACCACCACCCUCUCCAUCGCUCUCUCUCCAUCCCUUCAAGACCUCUUGGAGCCUACCACACAGAUCUCUUACCGCGAAGCAGAGCUAGGUCUAUCGAUCUUUGCCGAUCUUCUCAGAGGAAUUCCAGCCGUGUUACAAGCAUUCAGUAUCCACGGAUCAACCCGAACCUAUCCGCUUUUGUCGAAACUCGACUCGUUGGGUGUACUGGACUCUGAUCAUCCGAGGGCUACGAAUGCAAUCCUGGAGCUUGUACCUGACAGCGAGGGUCGACCAGAUAUACUCAAUAUCGUCUUUCCACAGCGAUCCGUAAAAGAUGUCAAACGGUUACUUGGUGAAUCGUUAGACGUGAGACCGGGCGAGGGUCAAUGGUUCGGUCUAUAUGAGAGCCGAGCUCUGACGCCCAUUGAGACCUCCCAGAUCGCUGAACAUUGGGAGAAUGACACAAGGUCUGCGACGGUCCAUUUGGAAGACAGACCAGUGGACGAAAGUACGAUCUGGGAGCACCAUGUCGUCGAACGGGAUCCUUUAGGCGAUGAAUCAACUUGUGACUUGGUCUUCCCGACCUUGGAUUUCGAUCGCGUUCAGAGCCCGGCAUCCAUUGCGGAUACACCUCCAGAAGUAUAUUCCUGGCCAUCGACGGGAUGCACCACCCCAAUCUCGACCUCAGGCCACUCAUCUCGACCAGUAUCACCGGCAUCUGAUCUCAGCCAUGACGUUGAAUCCAGACGAUCAAACUGGAGCGAAUCGUCCCAGGUUCAUAGCCUGUCCGAGUCUCUUAUAUCUCGUCUUGAACAAGCUACCUCGCCUCGAUGGCUCGUUCAUCCCACGUCGUCCGAUAGUGAUAUUGAAAGUUUGAUCGAUUUGGAUGAUCUCGGAGAGGUCGAGCAUGAGCUAUGGAGCAAUGCGGAUAUCAGUGAGACAGCCUCUGCCUCGGAUCAUUCGUCCAGAGGGGACACGCAGGAGAUCGAAUGGUUGGACAGCAGAGGAUUCGGUUUGAUCCAGCCAUGGUAGAUUCAGACAGGUUUCAGUCAUCUCACGAAUUAUACACGAGGACUCGAUCUUCACG